GCUUGCGAGGCAGGAGGCUGAACCACUGAGCUAAAUCCCCGGCCCUCCACUUUAUCUAUUAGAGACCUACAUAAUCCCCAGAAGAAGAGUGCUUUAUGAAAUAUUUUAAGUUUUAUUCAUAGGUAAUCACAGAAAAUGAUUUUUAACCUAUAAGUUCCAUACCAAAAAAAGAAUAUAAACUUUUCAUGUAACCUCAUGCAUAUUGAAAAUACAGAUAAUUUUAAUUCCAUUGCAUUUUUCAGAAUUCUUAAUCAUAAUCCUCUGACAACUAUCGAAGAUUCAUCUCUUUUGAAAUUACCAGCAUUAAAAUAUCUAGACUUGGGACAAACUCACGUGUCAUUGACAGCACUUGAGAACAUCCUCACAUGGGCUCUGGAAUUAGAAACACUGAUCUUACCGAGCCAUCUGGUCUGCUGCCUCUGCCGAUUUAAAAAUGAAAUUGAGGUUGUCUUCAAGACAGUCAAGCUGCACUGUGAGAGGACGUGUCUGAUCAGUGCCACGCAGUGUCUGGGAGAAGCGUCCAUUGGGAACCCUGGGGGCACCUUCAUGAAGGUGUUAGAAGCCCGGAAGAUGAGCACCAGCACCGAGCUGACUAUUGGCUCUGAAAAGUCAUCUUCAGAGAAAGGCAGUAUCGACUCCUCAGGCUUUAUGAAAGAGCAGGUAGACAUUAACGAUGAAAGUGACAUCAUUAGUGCACUAAGUUACCUGUUGCCGUACUUCUCACAGGGAAACCUAGAAGGUGCAGAGUCAACAUUAUUACCAUUCUUAGGUGAAAAAAAAGACAAAACUGCCCUGCUUAUGCAGUCUAGCCUUUUUGGUCCCAAAUUCAGGCGCCAAAUCUUUCCAAAGAAGUGGGAAAGUGCUCAAGCACAGGAAAACAGCCUGGCAGAGAUUUGGCGUGGAAGGAAAAGGCUUCAAAGAGUGAAGAAGGUCCUUGGGAGAAACAGAAGAAAUGAUUUUACUCAUAGCAUUUUCAUUUUAGAAAAUGCAAAAUCUAGAGUUAAAACCAUGAAGGAUCCUAAACGAAUGUUACAUUCUGGAAAAGUCCACCGCUUUCACAAAUUUCAAUCUCUCAUGGCCCACAGAACACCCAAGGCCAAACUGAGAGAACGGUUGAGAAAGGAAAACACACACAGUAGACUAAUGCUUAUACAGAGGCCUCAGUUUUCAGCAGUGAGGAGCCUUGUCAAUUCCCCUUCAAGACGGUUCUCAUCUUCAGGAGACCUGGAUUUUCAGAAGACUCUUGUCUCCGAAUUAUAUGCUCCUUUAGGUGCUUCAGUGGAACACGCUCCUGUAGAGAACCAUGCCCUAGAUGAUUUUCCAGGAGAGGAUUUUGCACUAAACGUUAAUGUGCCAGAAGAAAAUCUCUCUGAAAAGACAACUCACAAGAAUCCUUCCGUUGCAGACUCUGCUGUGAUUGCAUUCAACCCAAUGCCCGGUGUGCACUAGACCAGGAAGGCACAAUGGGUACACCUCAACACAUUCACUGAGACACCCCACAAAGACUUUGCUUCUCUCUUGCUGUCAUUCCCAGGUGAUCAGUUCGAAACUUACCUAAACCAACAACUCCAGCCAUUUAUCCCAAACCAUGACAUAAGAAGGCUGAUUUCCCAAGUCAUCUUGACUUUAAAGAUGGACUGCUCUGAAGCUCACGUGCAACUGGCCUGUGCCAAGCUCAUCUCUAAAAUGGGCCUCCUGAUGAAGCUUCUCAGUAAGCAGCAAAAUGUUAGUAUGCCCAUGGCCCAGUGGGAUGGAGACCACUGGAAAAGUGAGAACCUUAUCAGUGACAGCGCAGCAGGCCAGGGUGAAGAGCAGGAGGAGCAGGAGUCGAGGCAGGUGAGGACAACUGCCCAACAUGAGGGUCUGCCACAAAGCACCCAAGCAGGAGGACCAGGGGCUCCUCAUCUGUAUUUUGUCUUGGCCACACUCACAGAAGUUCCAGGAGUUAACUAUUUCAAACUGAUCUUGCCCUUGUCUGUGAUGGGAGGAGUGAUGAUUUUUAUGCUAAUUUUGUGUCUCUUUAAGAUUUAUACCCAAAGAAGAGCUCCAGAGGAGAGUGAAGAAGGGGCCCCAAGGGGCUCUUCCCAGCACUGGCAUGGGAGAUGCAACAGAGAAAAUGAAAAUGAGGAGGGCGUCCCGGGGUGUGGUUUGCCACUCUGGCUUAGGGACAUGCACAGACCUAUCAGCGCCUCCCGCGUAAAAUACCUGGCGGCUAUGCUACAUGACAAGGACUCUUCUGAUGAAGAGAAAAUUUUCACAAGGGAUACACGGCAGUUCUGUGAAGUCAUCACAGAAAUGGCACUAACAGAGCUGCCCUUUGAGGAUGGGGAAAGUGGAGCACUGGAAGAGGUCAUCAUCGACUGAGCCUGUCCUGCUCUAGCAGCGCUCCUAUGUACUGAUGUAGUGAUUUUUUUACAUUAAAAUGUACAAAAUUCAAAACCACUUUUAGUUAUGUGUUCAGAAAUUAAAAUGUAAAUAGUUAAAUAUGUCUGUGCACAGAGCAAGAGCAUGGGCAAAAAGUACUGGGACUAAAGCUCAGAUCCUUCGUGACCAGGAUUCUCCAUCAAAUGCCCAUUGCUCUGGUCCACUUUCCUCUGCUUUUUCAAGAACCAGUUUUGCAUUGGUAGAGAGUGGCUCGUCCCUGUAGCCCCAAGCACUCUGGGAGGAUCACAAGUUUGAGC